GGCGGGGCGAGAGUGCCGGAGCGGGUUCUGCUCGUGACACUUCGCUGCGGAGGGGAUGGCGGCGGGAGUGGCGUCGCUCUGCGGGAUGCUGCAGCCUCUGUGGCGGCGCCGCCGCCGCUCAGGGCCGCUGCUGCUGCUUCUCCAGCUGCUGCUCGUGUGGCCGCCGGGCCCCGCUGCGGCCGGCCAGCUCUCCAAGUGGCGGCUGCCGGUGCCCAUGGUGAGCCAGCAGGGCCCCUCUCGCCGCCUCCGUCCCGUCCGGCGGGCUGCACGGACGGGUCCCCGGGAGAAAGAGGGCUGGCGGGGUGGUGGGGACCCGCCGCCUUGGGCGGUUCUGGCGGCUCAGUUUAGGACCCCGGCGAGCGAGUCUCCUGACCCGCGUCGCCAAGCUGCACGUGUGAGCAGCGCAACCCGGAGCUUCCCUCCGUUCCUGCGCGCUGCCUUGUCGCUGCUCCAGGUGCAUCGAGGGCCGGGGGCCUUGCCGGCUUCUCGUCGCUGCUGCAAACAUACUGCCAGCGCAGCGUGACUGCGGGGAGUGCCGAUUUUACGCACCCGGGCAAGGGUUUGCUCUACUUCCUCGUUUUGAACACCACGGUUAAUUCGAUCUCAGACCCUGGCCUCCUAACCUGUGGUCCGUGAAGUAAUACCCAGGAAGAGUAGCUCCCUGAGCAGGUGCAGAGUGCAUUUUCCUCGUCACCUCAUUAUUCACUCCCCUCCCCCCCCGCACUGGGAGAUAAAGAGAUAAUUGUUCCUGUGGUGCUGAAACGUUGCCAGGCCGAGAUCUCAGCCCCAGACCAGGGUUUUUCAACAAAAAUUGCACAUUAAUCACAAAGAAUCGCCUGAUGCUAGCUGCUAGUAAGGAAUGGUUUAAUACGGAUAAUUGGAUCUGUCAAGAGUGGUGAACAUGCAUGGGUGCGCUGUUUGUACAAAAGUGAGAGACGGUACAGGUGUUGUUUUUCAGAGAUAAUCUGUGCAAAUAAUUGCUCAUGUGAGCAGGCAAUGUAGGAGGAACUAUUCAUGGAGAAUCACAGUAGUUGUGUCUUGUACACAGUAGUAGCUGCUGUAAUCUUAUGUGUGUAGCUGCUCCAGGGUUACAUUGCUCACAAAAGAGGAUCACUAUUCAUUUGUGAUGGAGGUAGUAACAGAAUCCAGGACCUCAUCUUUUGCAGCCAGAGUCCAUGGCUGGAAUAUCAUGAGGGGUUUUUUUGUAGUGAUAAUAUACUCUUUGAAGGAUUCCCAUCAAUUUUAUACUUAUUUAAUUUCCUCCACACCCACCAGAGAACUUUGGUAUGUGUGCAACACUCCUGUGAGGUAGGCUAGCUUGACACAAUGGGUGUUACUAGAAUACUGAGUGAGCUUUGUGGUUGGGUUGGGAUUUGAACAUGGGUCUUCCAUUUCACCACAUUGGCACCAUGUACCAUACAUGUGUAGCCAUUUUUUCCUUUAUAGGCAGUCUUUAGUAUCUGAUGUACAUUGUAUGCAUCACAGCCUUGAGCUGCUCAGAUACUGAAAGCGUCUCUUUUAAAUGACGCUGCCGAGUUGCCAAAUGCAAUGUUUACUAACUGAUCCACAUUUAAGGCAGCACACAUGCAAAUAUGUGAAAACCCACUGACAUGAGAGUGUUGUCACAAGUUAAAUGAACUGUGUCACCCUGUUGUCAAAACCAAACCCUUUAUCCUGCAAAGUAGAGUGACUUAUGCUAACACCAGAUAAUUUAUAAUGAUCUGACAAACACUGAAAAGAAUUGCAACUCUCCUGUUUCCUGUGAUUUUUGCUUCUGGUUUAUAUGUGUGGCCAAAUUAUCUUCACUGCUUGGCUGAACGUUAAAAGAUGAAGGAUUGGAAUAGACCCACUGAUUUCAAGACUAAGUCUGACUCAAAUCUCAAUGCUUUUAUCUCCUGGUUAUGAAUACUCUGCGGUAACUUAGCACUGGAUAAAUUGUUGACUAUAGCUCUGAAGAGAUCAAAGGUAUAUGAAUAAUAUGUAAUUAAUUAACAUGUCUGUGCCACUCUUCAUCAGAAUUGAGUGCAGGUAGUUUGCAAAAUUUUUUUUUUAAUACAGUGGAAUCCUACACAUGUUUUCCUACAAGUUAAUGCCACUGUUCAGUUGGACAUAUUCCCAAGUAAGUGGGUACAUGGCUAUUAGCAUUUAUGUGGUGUUUUUCCUCAGUGCUAAAAGCACUUGUCAUACAUCAUCUUAAUGAUGGAGCUGUACAGUUUUCUCCACAUGACUAGUAGAGACUGAGGAGGAGAGACUGGUGCUGGCCGGGGCUGAUGGGAAUAGCAGUCUUAAAUAUCUGGAGAGCACCUGGUUGGCAAAGGCUGGCUUAAAGUAUCAACUGAUUUUGUGGAUGAGUAAGAUUUGACAUUAACACCUGAUGCCUGCAUGUUUCACCAUCACCACCAACAAGAAUCGAUCAAAACGGAUCACCUUCCUUACUUAGGAGUUUUUAGCACAUGCAUGUUCUUUGCUUGACAGCAUCAAGUAAUGACAUGCUUGUGUAAAUGAGCCUUCAUAGAUAAAAUACCAGCAUAUCCUGAUGGUGACGCAUGUAAAUAUGAAAAAUAAAGUAGUGUCACUUUAAAUAACGGGGCCAGAUUCAACUAACCUUUAGUGCUAGUGGAAGCAAGUGCAAGGACCCCUGCUAAUGAAGCUGGGCUUCGCUCCUCCCCUCCCUGCAUACCCCUUGCAUUUCCUCCAAAUCCGCUGAGUAGGGUUGGGAGAAUUCCCGGAAUAGUGCACCGUUUGGGAGGAGAUGGUUCCAUCUGGCAAGUAUUAGCGCACUGUUGAAUUCUACCCUAUAAUUCUUCGUGGAAUUCAUUUAGAUGUGACCCAUCAAGCACUGAGUAAACAAGUGGUAUACAGUAAUGUAUGUACCAACUUGUGAUGCCUCAUCUGUCUAUGUUUACUCAGAUACAUAAAAAGGUAAAGGGACCCCUGACCAUUAGGUCCAGUUGUGACUGACUCUAGGGUUGUGGCGCUCAUCUCGCUUUAUUGGCUGAGGGAGCUGGCGUACAGCUUCCGGGUCAUGUGGCCAGCAUGACUAAGCCGCUUCUGGCGAACCAGAGCAGCACACCGAAAUGCCAUUUAUCUUCCCGCCGGAGUGGUACCUAUUUAUCUACUUGCACUUUGACGUGCUUUUGAACUGCUAGGUUGGCAGGAGCAGGGACCGAGCAACGGGAGCUCACCCCGUCGCGGGGAUUUGAACCGCCAACCUUCUGAUCGGCAAGUCCUAGGCUCUGUGGUUUAACCCACGGCGCCACCUGCAUCCACUCAGAAACAUAGUAAUUAAUAAAUAAGUAAUUUCUCAUUUCAGUAGGAAUUAUUCCCUGACAAAUGGGCAGGUGGCUGCAACUUUAGCACUUCCUAUACCUACCAUUAAUACAGCAACAUGUAAGAGUACAAACGUAAUGUGUAUACAGGAGUACUUGAGAUCAGAGGUGGGAACUCAUGGCUCUCCAGUUGGCCUCCAUCUCCCAUCAGCCUCAACCAGAACGACCAAUGGCCAGAGAUGAUGGGAGCUGUAGUUGGGCACCAUCUGGAAAGCUACAGGUUCCCUUUUCCUGCUUUAGAACAUGCUUUUACAGAUACAUAGGAGUUUGACAUUUUUGGGGUAAUAUAAUAUAUUCUUAUUUACCUAGUAUUAUUGCCAAGUAAACUAUAUACUAACUAAAGUUUUCUCAUAUAUAUAUGAUGGCCUUCCAUUCGAGCUUCUUCUGUUUGCUUCCUUUUUUCCUCUAUAGGAGAAGAAUUUAUUUCACUUUGGAAAGAUUCUCUUCAGCAACACUACCAUUUUCCUAAAAUGUAAGUGCAUUCAUACUACAGCUUAUUGUAUAAUAUGGCAGGUAUUUUGUAAUAGAUGAACAAGGCCCUGUUGGCCUUGUUUUUAAGACAUCUGAAGGCAACCCUGUAUCGGGAAAAUUUUAAUGUCUAAUGUUUUACCAUUUUUAAAGGGCUGUAAGCCACCCAGAGUGGCUGGGAAACACAGCCAGAUGGGCAGGGUAUAAUUAUAAUUAUUAUGAUUAUCUUUAUGAAUUUUUAUCAUCAUACAAAUUUCAUAAAUAUUACAAAAUCACAUACAAAUUAAUACAAUCACCAGAGUAAUUCACCUACACAGUCACACUACACAAGAAUAAUUUAAACGCACAACCUACAUUCACAGUCACUCGGCAUUCACUCUCCUUAUACCCACCAAAUCACUCUACUCAAUUCUCCCUUUAAUGAAACAUUCAAACAUUCAGCUAAGCAGUAAUCAUGUACCAAAAAAUAAGUCUGCUAAAAACAAAAUUGGCAUGUAGAGCUUCCAAGCAUUGCCCAAAAUUUGUUUGCAAGGCUAAUCAGUGUAAUGUCCAUGGACCAUAUAAAAAGGUAAAGGGACUGCUGACCAUUAGGUCCAGUCGUGACCAACUCUGGGGUUGCGGCGCUCAUCUCGCUUUAUUGGCUGAGGGAGCCGGCGUACAGAUUCCGGGUCAUGUGGCCAGCAUGACUAAGCCGCUUCUGGCGAACCAGAGCAGCGCACGGAAACACCAUUUACCUUCCCGCUGGAGCGGUACCUAUUUAUCUACUUGCAAUUUGACGUGCUUUCAAACUGCUAGGUGGGCAGGAGCAGGGAUCGAGCAACGGGAGCUCACCCCGUCGACGGGAUUUGAACCACCGACCUUCUGAUCGGCAAGUCCUAAGAUCUGUGGUUUAACCCACAGCGCCACCUGUGUCCCUUGGACCAUAUACAUAUAACCUAACAAUGCCCCCCCCCCAGGUGAUUGAUUUGUUAAGUUGGCUACAUUGGUUGUGCAUUCUGGAGGUUAAGCUUUGUUCAGCAUUUUACUGCCUGUCCCUGUUAUAUAGAUUUUAUUUCUAUUUCAAAAGGGCAGCAUGCAUAAAAAUGUUAUAUGUUUGUUAUAACUAUUAUAAUUUAUAUACCGCCCUAUACCCACAAGUCUCAGGGCGGUUCACAGGAUAAAAUUACAAUAUAAAAGCACAGAAUACAUAAUCCAAAUAAAAACAGAAACAAUUGAAUACCCCUCCCCCAAAAAGAAAUCCUCACAUUUUAAAAGGGCAUUGGAUGACAAUCAAGCAAAGGCCUAGUUAAAGAUGUAUAGUGUGUGAUAGAUUUUCUGGUCAGGCCACUUUUAAAAACACAUAAAACACGUAAAAGGCACGAUAUAAAAUGGCACAGCAGUGAACUGUAAAGCUCAUUUGUUAGCCCUUUUCUUCUCUUGAUACAAAGGGAGUCAUUUGUUAGUGUGAGCUUGUGGCAUUUCAUGUUUUGUCCUGAAGGUUGCGUUCUUGGCAUUAACUACCCUGUUUAUCAGAGUUAACCAUAUGGCUAGAUGUUUGGGAUACAGCUCUCUCAAUCUUCCUGCCUCACUGCAAUGUAAUAAGCUGAGGUUCCAAAUUAUGACAGGCUGCUGUGUCAGCAAAGCACUCCUUUGUAUGGAAAGGAUCUUGCCAUGCUGGAUUACUUGCGGUUAGUGCAAGUGCUGUGCUAGUCUAUCAUAGAUGGGGAUGAUAUGGUAUGUUGAGUCCAAUAUUUGGAUUAAAAAGCAUUAUUGUUAUAAUUGUUUCCAGAUUGCCUAAACAGAUAAGAUGUUAUUCAUAAAGCAAAAAGAAGACAUGGGUUGUUAAGGGAAGCCCUCAUAGUGGGGUUAAUGAGAUGCUAUCAAGAACCUUUUAGUAAUACAAAGAGAAUAUGAUGCUUCCUGUGUUUCUUAAGUACCGUACUUCUCUUAUUUCUUUAGUUGAAGGCGAGGAAAGUGCAUGCGAUCCGUCUCAAGGCUACAAUGUCAGCUGGUACUUGAGGUAUUGUGACUGCUACAACGAGGUCUUCAAUUUUGGGGUAAGGAAUUGGCAUUAGGAACGACUGAAGUCAUGCAAUCUGUUGCUUAAAUUAUGCAAUCUGCAAAUUAUGCAGUAGCAAAUAACCCCAGCUGCUGUGAUAGUUGAUCGUAGUUCGUUAGCCACUGUUGCCCGACUUAGAGCUGUGCUAACUUAAUUGAUUUAUGUUCUACCACAUCCUUACAGGUUCAGGAUACGCUAUUUGGCCUCUGUCUCCAACAGGUUCACAAACUAAAUGUGAGGUUGGCUGUCUUGAGGGAACAAAAAGGGGCAAACUAAAAGUAAUAUCCAGGCCCACGAGCAGAGUUCUAGGGUACAUGGCUAGGUCAUUGCAAAGUCAUUGGCCCAACACUUUGCAUGUCCCUCCCACUUGGCUUUUAAAAAACAGGGGAGGCAGCACAUCAUUCAUGUGGUUCUUGUUCCAUGUGAGAAGGCUGAGCUUGCAAGUGUGCACUCCUACUGGGGGCUGGGAGAGUCUGGCACAGACGACAGUGUGACCUUAGUACAGUGGCACCUCGGGUUAAGAACUUAAUUCGUUCUGGAGGUCCGUUCUUAACCUGAAACUGUUCUUAACCUGAGGCACCACUUUAGCUAAUGGGGCCUCUCACUGCCACCGUGCUGCUGGAGCACAAUUUCUGUUCUCAUCCUGAAGCAAAGUUCUUAAACCAAGGUACUGUUUCUGGGUUAGCGGAGUCUGUAACCUGGAGCAUCUGUAACCCGAGGUACCACUGUAAUGGGACCCAAAUUCAACCCUCCGCUUCUCCCUCCACCUCGAAUUUGGCCAGCCCUGCUGAUUGGCCAGCCUUCACUUCACCUGCCCUAGGAACUUCUCUUAGGAGGCGGGACUGACUCAACCAACUCCUCCUCCCUUGCUGGGACAUCUGACACCAACCACAAAGCGGAACCCUCUCUCAUGUUGCUGCUUGAUUUCUCCCCAAUAAUGCCAAGGUUGCAAGUUCGAGCCCCGUAUAGGACAGCUGCAUAUUCCUGCAUUGCAGAGGGUUUGACGAGACGAUCCUCAGGGUCCCUUCCAACAUUAUGAUUCUGUUAUUCUAUUUUCCCUGCCCUGUAUUUCAUGGGAGGAGUUUGCUACUUAAAGGGGGAACCUUCCUGGAAAUUGUAGAUAUAAAAUCAGUGCCCUUUAAUGGUGUCAUGAAAGGAGCAAACGAAGCUGCCUUGAUAGAAGACAUUUUGACCGUCCAACCCAGUAUUAUCUCCACUGUCUGUAACUCCUUAGGGUCGCAGGCCACAAUGUCAUUCCUUCAAAGUGUUGUAACAGCCCACAGGCAUAAUUUCAGUAUUUCUGUUUUAAUAUUUUGCCUAGCACUCAACUGUAUUUUUAAAUUGCAUUUUUAUAUGUAUUGACCUUUCCCUUAUGAUUUUAUGAUUGUAAUAUGUGUGGCCCGCUUUGAGAUUUUGUUUUUUAAAAGUUAUUUUAAAAAUGAAAAAUCAACCUGUCUUUCGCAUCACCUGUUACCGGAUCCAUUUAAUGGGGUGCCUGGCAUUGAUGUUUUAGGUGAGCUGCAGGGUUGGAUAUCUUUUCAGUUUCUUAGCUGCUUGUUGAGUUAACUCCUUGUUUUCACGGACCCUUCAGUUAGAUAGAGUCAUGCCAUGUUGUCUUGACAGGAUGAGCAGGCAGAAGUUUACGUUGGAAGUACUGUAGAAAACCGGCCCGGCUGGCCAGGAUACUACGCCAUGUCUUCGCGCUACUUCCCCAACUGUUCUGAACUCUUCAGACCGCAGGUAGGGUGGAAGGAGGCAGGGUGGGGGGAAAUUGUUGGAGCUAAGGUUUUCUGGUGGCUUGAAGGUACACAUAUAUCCAUAUUACGGGCCCUGAAAGAGCUUGUGGCAUCGUGCUGCCUUUGCAAAAGGCCAUGUGAAUUACUAAUGGACAGAAACUCCCCGAAAGAUGGUGUUACAAGGAGACUGGGUUCUGAGUGAAGUGUGAUGUUUCCAUUUAUAGGUCCUAUUUGGCCUGUACGAUGGUUUGGGUGCAUUUUAUUUGCAUUUUAAUUAUUUUUCUAUUCUCUUUUUUAUGUAAACUGCACUUGGAGCUUUUAUUGAAGGGUGAUAUAAAAAAAUGGCUAUAACUAAGUAGGUAGAAUGUUGCUGCAUUGUUGUAAUAUGACACAAUAUGGAGUUUUUUGGGUUAAGUAAUUAUAUAGAUAUCAAUAUACAGAAUAUUUCCCCUUUUUCUUUUUUGAAUUAUAUUAUAAAAUGUUAAUAUGUAUUACAUAUUUAAUUAAAAAUGCUUCUUUUAUUACUGUUUUAUUAGAGGGCAUACAUUGGGACAAUAUACAUUUUUUAAAUCUAAAACUUCUGCGUCCUUGAACUCAGUCCCCACAUAGUUCUGUGUCAUUGUAACACUAUGUAAAGAGUAAUUUUGUUUAUCUGAAAUUCUAUCCAUUUUUUAAUAUCUUCUGGAACACACACAAAAGUAUGUAACGCUUUGCCUGCAUGGGGGUUGUUGUUUUUUUUGGGGGGGGUGUCUUUCUGUAUAUGUGUGUAUAUACAUGCACAUAAAGAGUUUUUAAUUUUUUUUACUAGAUUUUCUACAAAGAAUUUGUUCACCCAGAACCCCUCUCAGGUGGAAAACAAGAGGAUGGAGCAAACUAUACCAUUGUAUCAGAGAAUUCUGUAAGUAUGAGAGAGGUGAUAUAUAAUACAGGAGAGGAUCACUUUUGUGUUGGAUCGUUCUUGGUCCCUCUGCCUGGCUACUGUUGGCUUUGUGUGCUGCUGAUAAUGUCUGUGCUUGGCUUUCCCCCAUUAAAACCACUAGGAUUUGAAAAUGCCUAAUGCUGAUUUCAUAGUGAACAUGAUAGAUUUGUACAAACUGUAUGCUGAUUUGUGGCUUAGAUUAGAUUGCACUCCUUUUCUUUUUCUUUUUUCUCCCAGGCAAUGAAUGCUGUGAUGAGAACCUGGCAAGAUGGGCCUUAUAUCUUUAUUGUGCAGAUUGGAAUUGUAUCCUCAAAGGAUGCCAAUGUGAAAACUAAAAGAGCGACAAGUGAUGAAUUGCCAAAAGUUACAGCUUCCUCUGAGCCACAGGGAACACAUUUUCACAGUGAGCCAUGCGCAGUAGUUCAUUUAUGUUUGAAGUUUGUUCUAAAUGCUUAGACACCACUCGCUGUUUGAUCUCCAGGAUUGUAUCUGCGGCAAAUUUUCAAAGUGAGCCUUGAGCUUGCUGCAGGUGUAGCUGUGGAUGCCAAGUGUUGUUGGACUGGAUUCCAGAAGGGAAGGAGGCAAGAGUUCAUUGUUAUUGUAUACCAAGCCUUGGGCAUUCAAGUGUAGUAAUGGCUGCAGACACUUCAAUUCUUGGAGUCUAUUUGAUACUCUCUCCCCCCCCCCCCCAGUUGGCACUCCCUUUUCCUUAAGAGCAAGAGAGAGAAAAUGGUAGCCCCAUAUUUAGCUAGCUAGCUAGAUAGAUACAAUGCUUUUUCCCCCUUAAAAAUGUUUAGAGGUACUCUCAUUUCCCUACUCAUAUUGAAAUACUGCCCCGCAAUGAGGCCAAACUUUGAUACACAACAUGUUUAGGGGUAUGCGUCCCUCUGUACCCCCCCCCCUAAAAAAAGAAAUGGAUAGAUGUUUAAAAUCCCAGGUAUUUCUGGAAUGUUGCCAGUACAUGGGGACUUCUUCAUAAAUUUUAGUAGAGAAAAAGGAGAGGCUCAGACCACUCCUUGUUCUGCCAUUAAAGGAUGUGUAUGCAGGCAGUAAUCUGAUUGUGCUUCUUCCUGUAUUUGAAUGAACAAUCUGUUAAAGAAGCAGUUUGCCAGCUCUUGUACUACUAGCUUAUGUGACCAUUACAAGAGUAGAGGCUGUUACUUUCUUUCUCAGUGUACCAUGAUCCAAAACAAAACAAAACAAAAAAAACUUCCAUAAUUGCACUGUGGAGAACAAAAGCAAGAAGAAUUCUGGAAUAUCCUUACAUGAAUUCACUGAAUAGAAUCUUUGUGGUCACUGGUUAUUACUGCUACUAUUAGUAAAUUGUUGUGAGUUGCUGCUUUAUGUUUUUAGUGGUUGUGUUGUUUUAUGGAUUUCAUAUAUUGCUUUUAUUUUGUUUGAUUUUGCUGUAAACCACCCUGUGGUCUCCUAAAUAAAUAAAUCUAAUAUAUAUAUAUAUUGUAGAGCUGGAAAAGAUGCAGAAAAAGUCAAGCAAAAUAACCUGGCGGCUAAAAUAACUGCCCGAAAGGUUACAAUGCUUAGGGCUUUUUAGUUUGGGGGGGGGGGGGAGGUGAAUAGGAAGGGACAUUGUGCAUUAUAGGGAAAGCAUGGAAAUAUAUUUUUUUCUUCCUCAUAAUAUUAGAACCCAGGGCAUCCACUGAACAGUGAGAGAUGAAGGGCAGGCAAAAAGAAGUACUCCCCCCCAAAAAAAUAAAUAGUUGAACUUUGAAAUUCACUGCCACAGCAUGUGAUGAUAGUUAUUAACUUAUAUAGCUUUAAAAUGGCAAUUAGACGAAUUCAUGGAGGAUAAAGCUAUCAAUGACUGCUAAUAAGUUACGAUGGCUAUAUUCUGCCUCCCAGGAUUAGAUGCAGAAAGCCUCUGCGUAUCUUCGGGUGGGGAACCAAAGUGUGAGCCUUUCCCUCCUCCUUGUGGGAUUUCCAGAGGGAUUUGGUUUGCUGCUGUGCAAAACAGGAUGUGGGACUAUAUUGGCUCUUGGUCUGAUCCAGCAGGCUCUUCUCAUGGUCUUAUGUAUUCCUGAUUCCCUACUUGUGCUUGUUUUUUGGCAGUGAUUGUGGAAGUGAAGGGUCCGUAUGAAUACCUCUCCCUAGCAGAUUAUCCUCUCAUGAUCGUAAGUUAAUGCCCGUGGUUUGUUUCAAGCACAAAUCAGUUUUCACAAGUCUGGAUGACGAGUGACCAUUCUCAAGAAACUGGGGUGGGGGGUGUAGCUCUGGGGCUUAAGCCUGGCAUCAGAUGUCACUGUUACUGAACAUUUUUUGAGUGUUGUCGGCACUGGACACUGUGCAGAACACAGAAGCGAAAGGGUCCCUACUUUAAUAGCUUAGAGGCUGUUUCAGAUACACAGGAAAGUGGUAAGAGGUCAGAGACUGACAGUGAGUGAUGGGGAUAGCAUAGUAGAGGAACAGGUAAGUGUGGGUUAGGAUGGGUCAGUAGUAAAAUGACUAUACAGCUAUGGUUGAGAAAACAGACACAGCUUGAGAAAUGGAAAGUGAGUGGUAUUCAACUAAAUUUUACUCAGAGUAGACCCAUUGAAAUUAAGGGACUUCACUCAGGUUCAUUGAUUUUUAAGGUUCUGCUCUGAGUAAAUGUUAGUUGAAUACCACCCAGUGUUGUUCAUCCAGGCGCCCAUGAUGGAUAGUUCUUUGCAAUAGUUCUUGCAUGUAGUCUUUAAUCGUCAAUGUCCAAUUCACCUUUCAAGUCAGUCCUUCCCAGGACACACUUGGACCUUUUAAAAUGACAUGGCAGUAUGCAAUAUCUUUUAAGACCCUUUCUCUGAAAGCAAUCAUGUAAGCAUUUUCUUGCAAUGUAGAAGCAGGUAUUGUCAGUAUAGCAAUUAAUGCAGAAAUUGAAUUUCUCAGGUACAAUUUUUUUGCCUCUCACAUGGUAAAAUCGCUGUUGCUUGUUUUGUAUUCAUUUCUCUUCAGUGUGUUGAUGCCUUUUCUAUUAAUGCCAGGGUGCUUUAAUGUUGCCCUCUUUAGACAACUCUGCUACCAUGCAAGAGAACCAUUGAUCCUUCUUUUUGUGUAAAUAAAGUGGUAUUGAUCUUCUUUUUCUGGGGAAGGUGAAAUCCUUUUGCUUCUGUCGGAGAUGAGAUGUUUCCUUGUAAAACCAGGAAAGUGCCUCAAAAGGAUCUCAUUAGGUCAUGGAAACAAAAGUUUAUAGAUACAGUCAAACCUCGGUUUUCAAAUAUCUCAGCUGCUGAACAUUUUGAAAGCUGAACGCCAAAAAACCCUGGAAGGGAAUGCUUCCGUUUUCGCGCAUUUCUCAGUUUUCCCCGUUGAACUUGCUGACAGCCCUUUGAUUCUCAGUUUUCAACGUUUCGGAAGUCAAACGGACUUCUGGAAUGGAUUAUGUUCCAAAACCGAGGUUCCACUGUACAAACCUAGGAGACAGAGUCAAGCUUAGCUAAAUUCAGUGAAAUCUUUAUUAGGGCCCGGUGUUAGAAUGUGGCAUACAGGGAGAAGGGAGAGAGAAGAUUAGCAUUUGUAGCAACACUACCAGUCGAGGGAGGCACACAACCAGCAGUAGUUUGCGGAGGACACAUUCAAACCUUGUGCCAGCCUUGCCUUUAUUCUUUUUGAAUCUUAGUCCUAAAAUAUAUUUGAGGGGGCAGUUCCCUCAUGCUCAUUUUCACCUCCCACAUACUUACUACUUAAACUGUGAAGAAUUGUUAGAUGAAUAAAUGCAGAUAAGUAAACAGCUACAGAAAUUACAGAAAUGCUGGUUGUAACUGGUUGAAAUUGAUACCCUUCUUUUGUCUCUGUUUCAUAGUUUUUCAUGGUGAUGUGCAUUGUAUAUGUGUUGUUUGGAGUUCUGUGGCUUGCGUGGUCAGCCUGCUACUGGCGAGACCUCCUGAGGAUCCAGUUCUGGAUUGGUGCAGUUAUCUUACUGGGAAUGUUAGAGAAAGCUGUUUUCUACGCGGAAUUCCAGAAUAUCCGCUACAAAGGAGAAUCUGGUAUGUGGGAAUAACAUUGUUAAAUAUUUCUGAGGACACAAAAGCAUGGAUUAUUUGAAACCGUUGAUCCAUUAGCAACUUUAUUUUUAGUGACAGAGUAGAAACAUACAAAUCUUCAUCUCUUGUCACUAUCUGUAACUGAUAUCUGUCAGUUUAGCUUUUGUGGAGGGAGCAGUGUUUAUUUGAGGAAGACAGCUAGUCAUGGAAACAUAAAUCUUAUUUCUGAAGUGGUUUUGCAUCCCAAGCCAUCCCUUAUGUGUGUAUUAGUUAAUGGAUAUUAUGCUAAACACAUUUACUUCAGAGUUUUGUGGGGCAUGCUUCCAAAUAAGUGUGCUCAGGAUUUCAGCCAUUUUGCAGAUAUCUCUCUUACCUGCAUAUUGUUGUACAGUGUAUUUUAUCCUUUGCAUUCUUUGUUCACAGUCCAAGGGGCAUUGAUACUGGCAGAGCUGCUCUCAGCACUGAAGCGCUCACUUGCUCGAACUCUUGUGAUUAUAGUGAGCCUGGGAUACGGCAUCGUCAAGUGAGUACUAGUGUUGGGCAAGCAGCAAAGUGCUCACCCCGAAAAUCAUUUAUUCUCCUCGAUCAUUAGGAUCAAACUCCCGAGUGUCCCUCAAGGGUGCGGGUCCUCCAUUUGACUUCCACUGCCGGAAAUUCCCAAUGCCAGGCCUCCUCAGCCUGCUACCACUCUCCCUCUUCUAAAGCCCAGACCCCAGAUCUUGGGGAAGGGGGGCUGGUCUGUAGGAGGUGAAGGAGGGCUCCAGUGAUGUUGGGAGAAGGCUCAGAAGGAAAAGAUGUACUCUUUCUCCAUUGAGGAUGAUGGGACUGAACCACAAGUGGAAUUGAGGGGAAUGGUCCGUUCAAGGUGGGCUGUGUCCACCUCAUUCUGCUUGCUGUAAGUUGUGCGCUUCUCCUUUGAAUGCUCACCCCAUUUGUAGUGAAUUCUAGCUUGUCUAAAAUUUCAUACAUUUUGAAUCUGUGUUGUCAAAGGAGUUAGAUGCAGUUCACGUCUACUUGACCAAUUAUGAUGGAAAACAGUUAAUACGGCAAUAUGAGCAAUAUGAAUAAAACUGGCUAGGACUUGCUCUUGGGUGUGUUUCACAUCCACAUCUGAUAUCAGCAGUCCUAGGAUAAUGGAGGUGAUUUGCAGCUGAUAUUAUUGCUCUUUUAUAAUCCAGAGUUCCCGGUUAGACCAGUUACCUAGAUGUGAAAAUGACAUUAGAGAUGACCUAGAUGAUAUGACUGAUGUAAUCUGUACAGCAGAUAUAUGUCUUCCCAUUGUUCUUCAUUUCUCCCUUUAUUCUCAUUUCAGACCUCGCCUUGGAGUUACUCUUCACAAAGUAGUUGUGGCUGGAGCUCUCUAUUUAUUAUUUUCUGGCAUGGAAGGUGUCCUUAGAGUCACAGGGGUUAGUAAUCACUUGCUGCAAUUUCAUACCUCUCAUAUACAGACCUUCGCUUCCUACUAGGCAAGGCUGUAUAUACACAGGUUCCACUUACUGAACACAAUGCAUUCCGUGGAACCCGUUGGUUAGGCACACGUUCACGUAAUGAGUCCACAAUUUCCACUAUUUACUGUGGAAAUAUUUCUAAUGUGGGAUUUGUGAGAUCUCCCCCCCGCCCCGUGGUUUUUUCUUGAAAUGGCUGCAGUUAAUCAGCAAAAGAUAGACAAAGGAAAAAACAGAUUUGUCCAAUUUCUCCUGCUCCCUGAUUUGUUUGAUCUCGCUUCCACACCCAUCCGUCUGUGGUUUCUGCCCCAAAGUGGCUACUGCUGAACAGCAAAGCACAAACAAACUAGGAAGUAAGGAAGUUGACUGUUCGGAUGUCUGAAUCUGCGGAGUAUAUUUAUUUACAUGCUGAUAAGUGAAUUUUUGGGUAGCGGGUAUGCAGUUAGCGGGACCUGCGUAUAAUAGGUAAUAAGGGAUAUUUUUUACUGUGUAUCUGGUCUACACUCUUUCCACUAAAACAUGUUUAAAAAGAGGCUGUUUGCCCCUUAUCUAACUGUACUGUAAUGUACUGUAAAGGCUUGUGCAGAUUAAUAUUGACUUCAUUUUUGUCUUUUGUGACUCAACCCUGCUUUGUUCCUAUUAUAUCUGUUGCUUCCUGUGUGUGUGUGUGUGUGUACGCGCGCGCGUGCGCGCGCACACACACACACAUUCAAAAGAUAAAUUUCACUGACAGUUCUUCCUCACUUUCAUUUGGUUUGCAUUUCUUCAUUGCUAUAUGUUGUGCAGCUGUGUAAUGUUACAGCCCCGUGUGCAGAAAGGUGAUUAUGCCUCUAAUACAGGAACCUUGAAAAGACCAGCUAACCAGCUGUGAAUACAUUGUGUAGAUAAUUCAGAUCUGUGUCAUGUGGAAUAAAGUAGAGAUAGUGUGCAUUCUUAGCUGCAGUAAAAUUAGAAAAGGAACUUCCUUCUUUUUCAGUGGAUUUUAGCGGGUGAUUGUGGUAUUCAACUAAGUCAUAGAGUGGGCCCAUUGAAAUCAUACUCUGGGUGUGAUUUAAUCAGAUAUCCUCCAUAGGUUAUAUUACCUGUUUCUAAAAAUGUAGCAAUAUGUUAUUGGAAAUAUUUUUGGCAAUUAGGAAGUAUAACAUUUUUGAAAUGUUUUCCCUGAGUUGGGUUUUGAAUAAUAAUAACAUGAAGAGGAACAUGAGUUUUACAUAAAUCAUGCACAAGUCAGUGAUAGCAAAUAGACCUGUCAAGUCGCAUGGCUUUGACUAUCCUUUGAAGAACAUUUGCCGCUGGGUGACCUGUUGUCCCGUGCUUGAUAGAGGUCAACUGUAGCAGCCAUUGUUCCUCAGUUCUGUGCUGGGCCCUGUUUUGCAGGAGUGGUUCAUCUUUUAAUCAUGCAUUUAUCAUGUAUUUCAGUAAACUGAUUCUCUUUUUGGUACUUUUCCAGUCUUUCCAUGGUGUUACAGCUGUGGUAGCUAACUUCGGGCUGUCUAUCAUUGACUCCUGUAUUAUUUAUUGGAUAUCCUUUCAGAAGUGCCAUAGUACGGUUUGCAUUUAUGAACAAUGUCAGUAUAAAUCCUGGAUGUUUGGUGAUUGAGAAAAUAUGUUGUACGAAGAGGUAUGGGAAGAAGUGAACAGCUAGUUAAAUUACCCUUGUAUCAUUCCUUCCUAAAGCUUUCCUAGUUUGUUUUUAGAGCUCAGCAGUGAGUAAGCCACCUUAUGAACGAACGGCAACAUUUGCCAGAGCUAUGAGCAACAAGCAGAUGGUCCAACCACAGAAAUUUCAGCAUCGGUGGGGUGUAAAUCUCAACGGUGUACUGAAAUUCCAUUGAUUUUGAUGAGAUUAAUGCUCCUUUUCUUCCCUUUGAUUGUGUGUGCUGUAAAUGUUACGGUUUAUGGCUGGGUGGGUAUUUUGCGCUAUGUGAGUUCUUGUAAAACCAGGGCAAUCUCCCCUCACUGCUGCUUGAUGGAAUGAUUCUUGCUGGGUGUCAGAAAUAUGCAGCUUUCAAUAGAUCAAUAGCUUUCCUGUCAGGCAGAAUGGCUGGACAGUACUCUGGUCCAUCAAUGGAGCCUUAAACUCCCGGUGCGGUUUUGGAUCUAGAAAAUAUCUUAAUGCUGUGAAUCUGAGGGAUCAGGACUCGUAUCUUUCAGCUUUUCUGCAGCAUUUUUUUUAAUUGGCUUAAUACUAAUCUCUUUUUUUCUUUGAACAAAGAAAAUACGUAUUUGGUGUUCUACAUUAAUGUAAUAACUGGCAAUAAUAAUAAUAAUAAUAAUAAUAAUAAUAAUAAUAAACACCCCACCCAUCUGGCUGGGUUUCCCCUGCCACUUUGGGGAACUGCAUGCUUGGGGUUGCAGUCCUUUACACGCUUCCCUGGGAGUAAAUCCCACUGAACUCAGUUGGACUUCUGAGUGGACAUGCUUAGGACUGCGCUGAAAGUCUUGAAUCUUGCUUCCAGUCGGCCUUGGUCUCAAUGCCUUUUUCUCUUUGUCUCUCUAGGCACAGAAUGAUCUUGCCUCCUUGGCUUUUAUUCCACUGGCUUUCCUAGAUACUGCCCUCUGUUGGUGGAUAUCCUUCUUCACUGGCUUAUUUCAAGGACUGCUAUUUCUUUGGAGUUGGGUUUUCAUGGUGGGUGGUAUCUAUUGCAAGUGUUCUGCCCGAUUCUGUUGUUGCUUUAUUUUCCUUCACAAACAAAAUUUCUUUAAGGUGGUCAUCCUAACUACACUUCCAAGGGGAAAAUCCCCAUUGAAUUCAAUGGAAUUUUCUACAGAGUCAGAAUGCUUAACGCCACACUCACAGUCUGCUGACUCAAGAACAUGGUUACUUUUACAGCUAACAUGGCAGAUCUGAUAGAGUAAGAAAUGGCUGCCAGUUUUGGAGAUGACCUUGGUGCAGUGAUGUCACUGGCUUCUGAUUGCUGAGGGGCUUCCUUCGCAUUUCUGUAGCAGGAAGAGCUAUCUCUACUGAAAACAUUGCGUGGACAGGCGGAGUCCCCCAAACCCUGGGCGGCCCCAUGUGAAAUAACGACUCAAGACAACGUGCUAUGGGAUUAAAAUUGGCCACAACUUUAUUAUGUUUCAGAUGUGGGUAGACCUUGGCUCUGGCAUUGGGUGUUUAUCCCUCCCAGUCCCCCACCGGGGAUCUGGGGAACAUUAGGGUUAUCCAGUGUGUGGGGGGGGGAAUGGGCUGGCUCUGGAGAACAUACGUUCAAGCAGAGCAAGCCCGUCUCCGUUACGCCGCCAUCGCAGGGGAGAGCAAUGACAACCUCUAGGUGUACGGCCAAAGCCUCCCCUCAACCAACCCCUUUAAUCGGGAACCCUGGUAUCGCUGCCGCAAAGAGGACGGGGGCAUGGGUCACCGUUGCACGCCCCCCCCAUUUAGGGAAGAUAGACUAAAGGAUUCCGCCUAAGGCCUGAUACCGCCAAAGUUGUGGUGUUUUGCUACGGGAAAGGCAAACCUGCCAAUUCAGGAGAAUUCCUUUCCGGCCCUUCAACAGCGACCCUGACGUAGCAGCACCCACGUACCUGUGGAGAAAAGGUUAAGCUGCAAAAGAAGUCUUAACUGAGGGUGGGAGAAGCUCUGGAGCCAACUGAGAUUCCCAGGUAAGAUCCUCUCCCUAUUGUGUGGGCAGGUGGUCCCUCCCCCUACCUGGCCUGAUCACCUUGGCAACACUUCCCCAGGCAGGAUUGGGCAACUGGCUGAGGUAGGCGGAGACCUCCAGGUAUCCCACCUGGGGAAGGCAAAGCCAAGCCUGUGCUAAUGGUGCCGCAUAGGGUCCAGGGGGCUGUGCGCAACCACGCAAAGGGUGCCCCCCAUUUAAUGUGGGGAGCGGUCAUUAUGUGCAGGCUAGCCUUCAGAAGUUGGACGACUAAAGUGGGCAGAGUUGUCCCUUAUCUGCAAAUACAUAGCUCUUCCUGAUGCAGCCUCAUGUUCUUCUGCAGCCCUCGUGUGGACACCACUGAGCGUUGUGUUCACAUGUGUGUGCUUAACACUGGAGAUGUAUUGUUUGAAAACAAGUCACUGCAUUGAUGCCCUGGUAUCAUAGAGGGUUCCCACACCAUCGCUGCAUAUUCUGUCUGUGUGGGUGGGCUUAUAUGCCUUCUUAAAGUGAGAAGCCUUUGAGGAUCACCAUACCAAAGCAUUUUUUGUAGCCUUAUGUGAGGACCACAAUAUUUGAGUCACUGCUGAGUGUAAGUGGUAAUUGAAGCACAGUGUAGGAAUAAUGGGUGUAUAAGUUCAUUCUUUAUUUUAAUAGGCUAUCAUUGCUUCGGGGUUCGUAAGCUUCAGGUUCAGUUUGAUAUGUUAGUAUUUCUGUGUAUAUUGCAUCUGAAUACCUUUAGUAAUUGGGCUAUGCCUGUUGUCCAGCUUGCUUUUUCUUGACUUACCAUACAUAUUCAUCAGUUUGACUCAGACAAUGAAGUUGUUAAAACUUAGGAGGAAUGUUGUGAAGCUCUCUCUCUACCGACACUUCACCAACACUCUAAUUUUGGCAAUAGCAGGUGAGCUUUAGAAAUAUUUCCUUCCAAAAUGUUUUACAGGACCUUUCUGAGCCAGAUGUUAUUUGAGAUAUCUACCACUCCAUUGUUCAUUCUGUCAUGUCUGUGUUAUAGUUUUCCCUCAGUUCAGUGCCUGUACCCUAAAUAGAAAGUGCGGAGAGCUGUUUGACAGUGGUGCGGACUCCUUCGGAAAGUGGUGGACUCUCAGAGGUUUUAAAUCAGGGGUUUAAAUUCAUGACCAUUUGUCAUGAAUGCUUUAGUUGAAUGUUCUCCUUGCAGGGGGUUGGACUAGGUGAUCCUUGGAGUCUCUCUGAAUUCUACAAUUCUAUGAUUCUUUGAAAUAAAAGGGGAUGCCUGAAAACAAAUAAAAAAAGUUCCAAUUUCAUGACUUGUUAGCCAUGUUCGGACACAACGCUGAGUCAUUAGCUAAGGUUAAAUAAAUCACAUUGUGCAUGAGCAUUCCUGCUUUGUUCUUCCUCUAGUGGGGAAAAAAACAACAUGAAGUGGCUGGCUUAGUGUUAUGUCUGAACUUGGACUUGCAGCUUGUUUCUCUCCAGGCAAACCGUGAACUGAAAUUAAAGUUUGUUUUUGGCUUCCUGGUCAUGGCUUGUUUCUUAGUGUUGCCUGCAAACCAGUGUUUGUUUGUAUUUUGUUUCUUCCAAGCAAACCCAUGCUUUGGAUACAAUGCCAAGCCAGCCAUUCCUCGCUCCAACAGGUCUACUGAACUUACUAUCAAGCUGCCACAGCAGAAUUUUCAUUCCCCUGUCUUUUAUUUUCAUUUUCAAGGUUUUUCUCUUACUAUACAAAGUCUUUAAGAGCUUGGGAUCAGUUAAGUAAGCCCCAUAUAUGCUUACUUAUCAUUCCACAUUGGUUAGAAGUUGAUCUUUCAGCAAGGCAGCCCCUGUGUUUUGGAACUCCCUUCCUAUUAACAUCAGGCAGCUGCUCUCACUGUAUUGCUCUAGACACCUGCUGGAAAAGCUAUCUAGAUAUGUAAUUCUAAGUCUGCUUACAGAUGUAGACUUUGCCUGGAUAAAUAUGGCAAUAUUUGGAACGAGUUUAUACAAAAUGUAGUAGGCUGAUAAUAUUUACAUACUGUAAGUGAUAAUAAGAUCCAAUUUAUAAAAUAAUUUAUGGGUUAGAGUAUUUUUUGUAUAUAUUCAUAUAAUAUUUUCCUCCCCUUUACACAUUUUUGUGCCUUUUCUUUUUCUUUGUAUCUCUUUAUUUCUUUAUAAUUGAAAACCUUUCAAUAAAAUAUUAGCAUAAAAAUAGAUGUAUAAUUCUGCAUUUAAAUUUUGCUAGCUUUAUAUGUGCAUUAUUGAUGAUAAUUUUAUAUUGUUUUACAUAAAAUGCUUAGAGAUUAGUCUAGAUUCAGCAGUUUAGAAUUCUUUCUAAAUAAAUAUUUUUAGACAGAUUUUAGAUACAGAACAAAUGCUCAAAGGGGCUUUUACUGCACAAAGAAAUGUGCCAACUGAUGACCACAAGCCCAAUAACACACAUUGCUGCUUGACACAAUCCCCAUGGUUAUAGAUGAUUUAAAAGCAAAUAACCUAAAAGGUCUUAAUCUUAAAAGAGGAGUUCUGCAGUUCAUUUGCAGUUUCUAAUAUUUCAACAAAUGUGUGUGUUUAUCUUCACUCUUUAGCAUCUGUUGUUUUUAUCAUCUGGACCACUAUGAAAUUCAGGCUGGUAGACUGUCAGUCGGUAAGUGUGAUGUGACUUUUCCCCUACCCCAAACUGCUAUGGAGAGUAUGCUUUUGUUUGAUAAGCUGGGGGCUAAGGAUUAUGACUGAAUUUAAUACAAACUCUGUGCCUUUCUUCUCCUUGAAAAUAUUGGCAUUUCUCUCUCUCUUUUUUUUGAAGUGUCUUUCCUUCCUGGGUGUGUAUCUUACCUAUCUUUUAAUAACAGGAUUGGCGGGAGCUGUGGGUGGAUGACGCCAUCUGGCGACUUUUGUUUUCAAUGAUCCUUUUUGCCAUCAUGGUUCUUUGGAGGCCGUCUGCCAACAAUCAGAGGUAUAACAUUAUCUUUUAUUUUUUAUUAUUGAAAACAAUAACACCAUAACAGUCAUGUUAUGAUCCACAGCAGUCCUUGCUAACCUGGUUCCAGACACUGAUGGGAGUUGUAGCCCAACAACAUCUGGAGGGCACCAGGUUGGUGAAGACUGAUUCAAAGCAGCCAUCUUGUCUUGUCUGACUACAGUGGAACCUCCCGGAAGCAUUCCGAACUGCCGCGCCUGCGCAUGUCCGCAGUGUGAUUUAGCGCUUCUGAGCAUGCGCAAGCGGCGAAACCUGGAAGUAACCAUUCCGGUACUUCCAGGUUUCUGCAGGACGCAACUUGAAAAGAUGUAACCUGAAGCAGAUGCAACAUGUAUUUCUGGUAUCCAGUAACUUUCAGAUGUAAAACAUGUAACCAUUACACAUGAUAAUAACACGAGUGGUGCUGUAGUCUCUUGGGCUUGCUGAUCGGAAGCUUGGUGGUUCGAAUCCCCACAACGGGGUGAGCUCCUGUUGCUCGGUCCCAGCUCCUGCCAACGUAGCAGUUUGAAAGCACACCAGUGCAAGUAGAUAAAGAGGUACCACUGUGGCAGGAAGGUAAACAGCAUUUCCGUGCACUCUGGCUUCCGCCAUGGUGUUCCAUUGCACUAGAAGCAGUUUAGUCAUCCUGGCCACAUGACCCGAAAAGCUGUCUGUGGACAAAUGCCGGUUCCCUCGGCCUGAAAGUGAGAUGAGCACCUCAACCCCAUAGUCGCCUUUGACUGGACUUAGCCGUCCAGGGGUCCUUUACAUUUACCUUAAUAAAGAAAGAAGUCUGUGAAAAAUGUUUGUGUGUGUGUUUGUAUUUCUGUGUGUGUGUGCUUUAUUAAUUUUUUUCUUUCUGAAAGGUUUGCUUUUUCACCAUUGUCUGAGGAAGAGGAGGAGGAUGAACAGAAGGAGCCAAUGCUGAAAGAGAGCUUUGGUAAGAAGAAAAUCUUCUGCUAUAUAAAUGCAAUUUUAGUGCCAGUGGCCACCCUGAUAACAUUGCCCUGCUUCCUUCUCCCGGGAAUUGCUUCCCAACAAGCCUAUCUCCAGUGCACUUACCUGAAGCCAUUUAACUGGGUUCUAUAUUCCUUCCCCCUCUGAGCGUGGCAAAGAAAUAAGAUGUUGGGGACUUCUAUUAUAGAUUCACAUUAAAGCAAUAAUAAACUGGAAUCAUAAUCCAGGUGGCACUGUUGAAUGAGCUUUAUUUCUUUCUGGUAUCCUACACAGAGGGAAUGAAAAUGAGGAGUUCAAAACAAGAGUCAAACGGAAACCCUAAAGCCAGCAAAGCAGUAAGUUUGAUUCUCUCAUAGCUAGUGUUGGAGGUGGUGGUGGUGGAACUUUCAAGAAAAUUAUUUUAAGAUGCUUGACUAGAUGAUAAGCUGCUCCUAGGAAUCUGCCCAUACUUCAUAUGGCACAAUUGGUGCCCAGUGUUGGCUUUAGGUGUGAUCCCCAGAAUAUAACUGUAUACAGGCCUGCUGUAUAUGAAUUAUCUAUUGUAGCCAUAUUAACUAACUAUUUUAGAAUUAAAGAAGGAAGGGAAUGUGUGUGUUUUUAAAUUGAAAAUGGCUCUUGAGUAUUUUGGAUAUUACAUGUUUCUUUAAUUGCCCUUUAAAAGGAAAUUUUUUGAUAGUUUUCAGCUUAGUUUUUUCAAAUCUUUUUGUAAAUGAUAGAUUUUCUUUUUAAGAUGUCGUAAUUAUUUAUAUCCUCCACAAAAAAUAAGCGGAAGAGACAAAGGAAUGUCAAAUAUAGUUAAUCACCUUUUCUGUAGGGAAAAUUUACACAACAUAUUUUUGGUGGUUUCAUAGCAAAAUGUUAUGUAAUGUUAUUUUUAAGUAGAAUAACCAUUUCUGAAUCACAUGACCUCUUUUUUAAAAAUAAAAAAUCUAGCAGGAAGAUGAUUUGAAAUGGGUGGAAGAGAAUGUUCCUUCUUCAGUGACGGACGUGUAAGUACAUGUAAUUUGACUUAUAUUUAUAGUAAAUGUCAGGGAACUGCCAUCGGAAGGAAGGGAGGUGAAAGGACUCAGACAGGUUGGAAGAGAUUCAGCAGCUGAAGAGGGAACCAGCAAGGGAGAGAAGCUGAACUGAGGGAGGUGAAAGGGCUCAGACAGGUUGGAAGAGACUCAGCAGCGGAAGAGGAAACCAGCAGGGGAGACAAGCUGAACUGAGGGAAAGGGAGCUGGGGGAUGGCUCAGAGAUACUUCCAGCGAAAACAGUGGUGAGGUUUCCGGACCUCCUGUAGCGACACCCACUCCUCGCCGGAAACUGUCACGCAGAGAGUCCAGAAGACGUGUUUCCGUUAAGGAGCUUUUAUGUUGGAAGCGAUUACGAAAGCAACCACUGUCGGAAUCUUCUAGUGACUAAGAGGAGCCAUCUCAGAGGGGCUCAGUCACAGACAGAGGUUUGUGGACUUGAACAAACUCUGAGGGAAUACGAUUUUACGCACAAGCAGCUCAUAAUCCCAUCACAGCAUUCCGACAGUCUUUGAACGCAGCUUGUGCAGGAGACGGCAUAAUAAUGAGCAACCCAGCAGGAACCGGAGAAGCAGGGGCUGGAGCGGGUCCAAGCCUGGAAGAAAGGUACCGGGUGUUAGAGGUCCAGCUGGCGCUGCAGACGGCGAGGCUGGAGGAGAGGAGGGCUCAAGAUGCAGACAAAGGGAGAAAGCCACCCAGCUCGCCAGAAAGGUACCAGGAUUGGUGCAAAAAUUUGGGGAGCCCAAAGACUAUCAUAGCUUUCGGACAGAAAUGCAAUAUGCCCUCAAUCUGCAGUUUGAUGAUUUCCCUGAUGAGGAAUCACGAGUGGCUUUUGUGAUUGGGCAUCUUGAAAAGGGGCGAGAGACUGGGUUAGACCCCUGAUGGCAGCGAAUAGUGACGUCUUAAAAGACACGAUGAAGUUCUUUCGCGCCAUGGAUCUGAUGUUUUCCAGCGAUAUUGAAAAGGGAGUGGUGCGCAGACAGUUAAUGGCUUGCAAACAGGGAGCCGAUCUGUACGUGAGUACUGGACUGAGUUCACCAUGCUGAUACACAGAUUGGGGUGGGACUUAUCGGCGGAACCCAUUCAAAUGCUCUUUGAAGAAGGGCUUUCUUCGGCUGUGAAAGAUGAACUUUCCCGGGCGCCCAGGGCGGAGUCUAUGGACCAGCUGACCAAAUCAGCGCUGGCCAUAGGAGGCGCGCCAGGAGGCGAGAGCAUUGGAGAGGCGGGAAGGGAAGGGGAACGUUGGAAGGAGUUCCGCAUUCCAGACAUUCCAGAGCCAACUGUCCCGCCGGCAGAGCCGAUGGAAAUCGGAACAGCGCGCGCGCGCAGUUUCAAAGCCCAGUGAGGGGAAAGAAGGAUGGAAAAGGCGCCCGGAAAUGCUAUCUCUGCCAACAGCCAGGGCACUUUGCCAGAGUCUGCCCCCAGAGGAAGGAAUGGCAAGGGAUGGUGGGAGCUGUGGAGGGAAGAGAGGAAAAAUACCGGAGCAACUAAAAGCCAACGCCUGGCUGCCAUUGUCGGGGCACAGCAGCCAGGCCAAAGAGCAGUGAAAGUGCCCACUCCAGAACCUCCUAAACCCGCCCUAGUGAUAGAAGUGACACUAGAGCUCCCAAACGGACACCCUCUAAAGAUAAAGGCGCUGUUGGACUCAGGCAGCUCCUGCAAUUUCAUGAGCAAAGAGUUUGCAGCUGAACACCAGAUACAGACGCUCCCUUUAAGCAACCCCCUGCAGGUAACCACGAUCGAUGGCAGGGAGCUGUUGGGAGGAGAAGUCAGCUUGCAGACCGUCCCAAUGAUAAUGAAGGUGGCAAGGCACACUGAACUGAUAGCUUUUAAUGUGGCCACCUUGGGAGGAGCUCCCAUUAUAUUGGGGAUGAGCUGGCUAGCGUUACAUGAUCCGCUGGUGGGCUGGCAUCAGAGAGUGGUUUCUUUUGGGUCAGCACAUUGCUUAGAACAUUGCAAAGAGGGAAGGUUUUGGCAGGGGCCCAAGCCACCCUAGCAGGGACUGAAGUGAAGGAGAACGUGAAGGUACCACGACAAUACGCAGAUCUCCGCGACGUCUUCAGCGAAAGGGAAGCUGACCAACUACCACCGCAUAGAGCCUUUGACUGUCAAAUCAAUUUGCUCCCUGGGGCACAGCUCCCUGUGGGCAAGCUGUACGCCAUGUCAGACAGAGAGAUGCAGGAGCUAAGAGAGUUCAUUGACAAGAACCUGAAGAGAGGGUUCAUCAGAGAGUCCAGGGCGGUGGGGGCAGCCCAGUGUUUUUGUGGACAAAAAAACACGAACAAGCCGAGACUGGUGUGUGACUUCAGGGCCUUAAAUGCAGUGUCAGAACCAGUGGCCUUCCCGAUGCCCAGGAUUGACGACAUUUUGACAAGGGUGCGAAAGGGAAAGAUUUUCACCAAGCUGGAUCUAAGGGGGCGUACAACCUGAUACGAAUAAGGAAGGGGAUGAAUGGAAAACCACCAUGUUCACCCCUUUAGGGGCAUUUGAAUACUUAGUUAUGCCCUUCGGUCUACAAGCAGGCUCCGCAACAUUUCAAUCGUUUAUGAACCACGUCCUGGGGCCGUUGCUUUACAAGAAUUGUGUGGCCUUCUUAGACGACGUGUUGGUGUAUUCUGAGAAUGAGGAGCAGCAUGUGAGAGACGUCAGAGAAGUGUUGAGCAGGCUGCAAGCCAGCCUGCUGUGGGUGAAACUGGAGAAGUGUCAGUUUCAUACCAAGGAGGUGGAAUUCCUGGGGUAUCGCCUGUCUGACAAGGGGUUGGCCAUGGAUCCCGGCAAGGUCCAGGCGGUACUGGAAUGGAAAACACCCAAAACAAGGAAGGAUGUGCAGAGGUUUUUAGGGUUUGGGAACUUCUAUCGUAAGUUCAUCCCAAACUUUGCCCACCUGACGGCGCCCAUUACGGACUGUCUCAGCAGUAAGAAGAAGUUCGUUUGGACGGAGGAGGCGGAGCAAGCAUUUGAGGAACUAAAAGGGCCUUCGCCUCGGAACAACAGCUCCUGCAUGUGGAUUUACAAAAACCGAUGAGAGUGGAAACUGACGCAUCAGACAGAGCGGUUGGGGCGGUGCUUCUCCAGCCAGGGAAGGAGGAGUCAGAGUGGAGACCGUGUGCUUUUUUCGCGAAAGCUGAACAAAUCCGAGAGGAACUACACGGUGUAUGACCGAGAACUACUAGCCAUUCAUGAGGCGUUCCGGAGAUGGAGGCACCUGCUAAUUGGCGCACAACAUAAGGUGCAAGUGUGCACUGACCACAAGAACCUAGAGUAUUGGAGGACGGCACGAGUGCUCAACCAACGGCAAGUGAGAUGGGCCCAGGAAUUCUCCAAAUUUAACUUUGAGAUUUGUUACGUGCCAGGCCCAGAGAACAUUAGGGCGGACGCUCUCUCACGCAAACCUGAAUAUUGGGAGGGGAGGGAGCACCCGAAGAGAGACAUGUCAUUCCAGAGGACCGCUGGGUGUGUGGGGCGGCAUUGGUGGGACAAAGAGAACUGGUAGAAGAAACAGAGAAUGAUGAAUACGCCCAGAAUAAGCUCAGAGGUCUUAGGGAUGGGGAGAGGAAUCAAGGGGUUUCGAGGAAAGAAAUGGAGCUUUGUAUUACAAAGGGGCACUGUAUAUCCCUGAAGGAGACUUAAGGGGAGGGUACUCAAGCAGUUGCAUGACAGCCCCACGGCGGGGCAUUUGGGCCACCAAAAACCAUGGUGUUGGUCACCAAGGAAUUUUGGGGGGCGAAGGUUGGGGAGGAUUUUAGGGAGUAUGUAAGAGGGUGCGAGCAGUGCCAGCGAGCCCAAGGGAAAGGCGGGCGCCGGCGGGGCUAUUAGAACCCUUACCAACACCAGAACGACCUUGGGAGGCAGUGUCGAUAGAUUUUAUGACUGAUCUGCCGAAGUCCAAAGGGAAAACAGCCAUCAUGGUGGUGGUAGACCUACUAACAAAGAUGUGCCACUUUGUAGCUUGCUCGCAUGCAGUCACGGCGGAAGAGACAGCGAAGUUAUUUGUAGAACACAUUUUUAGGUUGCACGGGGUGCCAUUGAGGGUGGUCUCAGACCGAGGAAAACAAUUUACUUCCAGGUUCUGGAGGAAGCUCAUGAGCUUACUGCAGGUGGAGGUCAACUCUUCGACUGCCCGGCACCCUGAAACCAACGGGCAGGCGGAAAGAGCAAACGGUGUCCUCCAGCAAUACCUGAGGUGUUAUGUCAAUGACAGAGAGAAUGACUGGGUAGAAAAGUUGGCGCUGGCGGAAUUUGCCUACAACAAUGCCGAGAAUGUGUCCACAGGGAUGAGCCCCUUCUUGGCUAAUUAUGGGUGUCAUCCCAGGGCUUUCCCAGGGGAGAAGGGGAGAGAUGGAGCGUACCGGCAGCCGAGCAUUUUGUAGAAGAAAUGGAAGCAAUCCACCGUCAGCUCCAACUCAACUUAGAAAGGGCGAAGGAAGAAUACAAGAGGCAGGCAGACAAGAACCGAAGGGAAGGUGAAACCAUAAGGGUUGGAGAUAGGGUGUGGCUGUCAACCCGAGGGUUGCCGUUCAAAGGAGGUUGUAAGAAAUUACGACCCAGGAGGUUGGGUCCCUUUGAGGUCAUUCAACAGGUCAACCCAGUGGCUUUCAGGCUCCGGUUACCCAACCACAUGAAACUGCACCCAGUAUUUCACAGGUCGUUACUGUCACCGUACGAGGGGACGAGAAGGGAUGGACACUCGGGGACCGGUCAUAGAAGAAAGAGAAUGCAGCAGUCAUGUGGCAGAAAUCCUUGAUGCCAGGUGGAUUUGGUAGCGUGGGAAGGAGAACCGGAGUCAGAAAACACGUGGGUAAUGGCCAAAGAUAUCAAUGACGAGGUAUUGAUAGAAAUGUUCCAUCAAAGGUUCCCGCGGAAACCUCAGCCUGUGGAGAGGUUCCGGAGGGAAUACUUUGGGACCACUGAGGAGGAGGAGGAGUUGGAAGGAUUCCCAGAAUCGGAAGGGGACGGGGAGAUGGACUCGGAGGAGGAGGCGUGCUUCGAGACCAGGAACCGCAACAGGUGGAGAGAAGUGUUCGAGACAUCGGAAGAUGAAGGAAGUUCAUUCCGGGGUUUUGCCUCCUCACCGCCCGUAGAGGAGGGGCGAGAGGGGGUGAAGGGGGCCCUGGAGGGAGGUGGAUGUCAGGGAACUGCCAUCGGAAGGAAGGGAGGUGAAAGGACUCAGACAGGUUGGAAGAGAUUCAGCAGCUGAAGAGGGAACCAGCAAGGGGAGAAGCUGAACUGAGGGAGGUGAAAGGGCUCAGACAGGUUGGAAGGACUCAGCAGCGGAAGAGGAAACCGGCAGGGGGAUACAAGCUGAACUGUGGGACAGGGAGAUGGGGGAUGGCUCAGAGAUACUUCCAGCGAAAACAGUGGUGAGGUUUCCGGACCUCCUGUAGCGACACCCACUCCUCGCCGGAAACUGUCACGCAGAGAGUCCAGAAGACGUGUUUCCGUUAAGGAGCUUUUAUGUUGGAAGCGAUUACGAAAGCAACCACUGUCGGAAUCUUCUAGUGACUAAGAGGAGCCAUGUCAGAGGGGCUCAGUCACAGACAGAGGUUUGUGGACUUGAACAAACUCUGAGGGAAUACGAUUUUACGCACAAGCAGCUCAUAAUCCCAUCACAGUAAAUAUACUGGAAGCAAAAUGAAUGAAAACAGUAAUAAUUUUCUCGAAUAUUGGUAAUGUUGCCGGUUGCAUCCUAGAACUGGUGUGGACUUUUUCUGGUUUCUGCUUGUGGGGUGCCAGCUAGCAGUCCCUAAUACAGACUCCUAAUCCAACUUGUGACCUGCUGCUACUUGCUGCUGCAGCCGAUGAAAGUCCCUGUUGGUCUGCAUUAGGGACAGGGACUAUUGCCAAUUGCAUUUAUUGUGCUUUCUUUUAUACUGUGCUGUAAAUCUUCAUUUGGUAAAAUGUACUUUCUGCUCUAAAUCUUGGGAAACUACCUGCAUUUCACGCUAGCACUAUUGCAAUAAAUUCCCAGUGAUAAUGUUUCUUGUCAGUACUGUGCCUGUUGUUAAAGUUCUUUCUUUCUUUUCAUUCCUCUCAAUCCAGUGCUCUCCCGGCGCUUCUGGAUUCUGAUGAGGUCAGUAAACAAACCUUCAGCAGCAAUUUAAGUCUUGUGACACAACAGGGGAGUCAUGAGCCCAAGAAUUAAGGAAAUUAUUUUGGCUUCUCAAAACAGAAAUACUCUAUCCGUUCCAGUCAGUGCAUCAAGGAACUAAUAAAAGCAAAACGGAAGCACUGUUAAAUACAGAUCAGAGCUUUUAUAUGACUUUGGAACUUUUAACCAUCUGAUUUUUUAUUUUAUAUGGUUUGCUAUAUGGAGCCACUGCUUUUUUGACAGUAUUUGAGGGCAGGGCUGUGGCGCAGUGCCGGAGCACAUGCUUUGCAUGCAAAAUCAGAUUCAAAUUAGGUAGGGCUAGCUACCUUCAGUUGCUACCAGUCAGUGUGGACAUUACUGAGUUACAUGAACCCAGUGGUCUGACUUUAAGGCAGGUUCCUGUGUUCUGUUUCACACUUUUAAUUAGGGGCUUGCCGUUUAAUAGACACAACACAAAAGAAAAAAGGGAUGAGGACAAUAAACAAAAUUCAGGAUACCAAACCUGAUUGAUUCCAUCUCCGCUCAUGAGAGCUGUAUCAGUUUUGAAUUGUUAAUUUGUGGCCUCAAUUUUGCUGUUAGCCGCUUUGAGUUUUUCAGGGGGCAGGAUAGCUAUGUUUUAAAUGAAUGAAUGAAGUUACUCAUAGUUAAAGUUUGAUUGAGAAGGAGGACUAAAAUGGAGUGAAGCUUUGUGGGCUUUUGAAGAGACUUGAAAGACUAGAGAAAUGAUUUCACUGAGGAAUUCUGGUUGUGCUCUAGGCAUAUGGAGUGGAAAGGUGAAAUGGAGAAUAUCCUUUAAGAGCAAACAACCUUUAGGCAGCUAAGUGUAGUAGAGUUUGUUGACUGAAGGUCAUGGGAAGGAGUACAUUGGGAUAUUAGGACAGAUUGGGUGGAACAAGUUUAGAAAGCUGUAAGGGGCAAGGACAAGGGGUUUGUGUAGGCAGUAAAAGGAACAGGAAGCCAUUGCUGGGAUUUGAGGAGUGAUGGGAGAUGAAUGCUGCAAAUUCAGCAGACAAAUUCUGAGCAUUACAAUAUGCAUUCCAAGCCCAUAAAUAAGCUUUCAGAGUGUGUUUCAGGAAAACACAUUUUCUGACAGUUUCUGUUCAGUCUCUGACCCGAGACAUGUAUGACUACCGUUUGCAUACACUGUGAUUUCAUUUUCAUUUUCAGUAUGGUAAAGUUCCUUGCAGUGUAACUUCUAUCCAUUAUUUUUUGUGCCAAAUAGUUCUUCUGGGUGUGCUCCUUUCGGAUAUUUUCCAAGCUUUCAGUCAAUCUUUAGGACAUGUAACAGUUUUCACUUACAGCUCAAAAGAAUGUUCAUCACAUGAAUGACAAAAGUCACAUGAUGUUCAUUUAACCGUGCCUAAAAGGAAUUAGUUCUAAGUAUAACUCCUAUUAUAGAAGAAGCAUUUGCUUUGUGUUUUGAACUUUGGAUAGUACACUAAUGUUAACAUUUUUUUAAAAAAGAAAUGUGAAACCUCAUUGUGACCCAUAUAUUAAUAUUGCAGGAAAGAAUGAUCACACAUUUUGAAAGAUCUAAAAUGGAAUGAAUGAGGACAGUUUGCUUGACAAGGCUUCCUGCUGUUGAAGAAAGGAAGAAACGUUUUUCUCCCAUGGAAUGCUGCAUUCUUCUGAUAUGUUCUGUGACGUUCACCUUUGGACAUUGUUCUCAGAGGAAAGAACAUUUUGCUUGGAUCACUGUGGAAGGAAUCACACACAUGUUGAUACACCUAGGGAAAUGUUUGAAUUUGCAUUGCUGCUGCAAGUGUGGGUUUUAAGCCAUUUAAACGUCUUUAUUGCAGCACGUCUUUACUUUUUAAACAUUAUAGUCAAGCUAAAUCUAAAACUGUUUUAACAACUGCCUGAGGAAUGGUUAAUUCAAUAUUACAGCUAAAUCCCUCAUGUUUUAACCACAGUGGGAAGAGGGGAAGAGUGAUUGAUGGUUUCCCCAAACCAGCACGGGUGUUCUAGAGACAAAAGGCAAGCUCAAGCUUAUAGACAGGUACCAGCGAUAGCUCAGUAAGAUGCUACGUAUAUUUAAAAAACUCUGUAUCCAGCAUCUGGGACAGUGUGUGUAGGAUUGAAUCCCCCCAGCCCAGUAAAGGACUGGUACCUAUGAGAGAUGCCAGAAUCAACCAUCUGUAAAUGAGCCUUGCCCACAGUAGUAUGCAUGCAGCAAACUGCUGUGUGCAGUAAUCUAUGGAUCAGGGUCAGUGCCUUGCAUUUUUAUUGGAUGUAGCAGCUUCUGACUGAAGAUUCUGGUACCUGGCUUGUGAAAAGGAGAAAGUUUUAGAAUGAGAACUCCUAGUUAUGGGAAACAGUUAACGCAUCACGAGGGAGGGAGGUAUUUGGGGAAAUUUAUGAUUCCUAACAUUUUUGGCAAGAUCAAGUGCAAUUUUAUUCACUCUACUGUGUAGGAAAGAUGGUCUAUUUUAAGUUUUGCAUACAUAGAUGCAGUGAUCACUUACGUGUUUGGUACAUAUCUCGUUGCUGGCAAUGGGGUGUGAGCAUGAGCAGUUAACUAUUCAAAUCAGAGCAGAGUGCAAUUUAAAUAAUUUUAAAAAAACAAACCCUCAGCACUUAUUCACUGACCUUGACCAGCCCCAUGGCUUUAGCCUGUGCUUCUAAUAUUGUUGCAUUGGAGCAUAUUCCAUAGACUCACAAACGCACUUGUGUUGGAGUCAACCUCCCCAUACAUAUUGACUCUUUGAAUCAGGCCUGUUCAGGCUGUGACCCACUGAGUCCAUUGCAGCCCAUAGCCGUGUUUGUGGCUUGUCAAAUGCUUGACAACCUUCCUUCCUGUUUUUGCAGCUCUAGAUAGACAGCAAAACCAGUUGGGGUGUGUUAGGCCACAAGUUGUGCAGUCCUAUCCUAAAAGUUUAUGUCAGACUAACCUGUCCUAGAUGUUCACAUAUUCUACACAGAACUGUGACUUCAGAUAGCAGCUUGUUCCUGUUGCUCUUCUCAAAUAACUCCUGAAUAGACCCAGUGUCUGUACUACGUAUCCUUGCCAGCUUCCAGGUCCCCCAGUACAGUGGUGCCUCGCAAGACGAAAUUAAUUCGUUCCGCGAGUUUUGUCGUCUUGCGAUUUUUUUCGUCUUGCGAAGCACGGUGUCAGGAAAGUUUUGGAAAAGCUUCAAAAAUCACCAAAGUCUUUAAAAACCUCAAAAAAAGGCUACCACACCGCGUUCUAUGAGUUGCUCCUCGAAGUCAAGUCGCAAUUGUAUUAACGGUGUUAAGAAAAGGAAACAAACUUGCAAGACGUUUCCGUCUUGCGAAGCAAGCCCAUAGCGAAAAUCGUCUUGCGAAGCAGCUCAAAAAACAAAAAACCCUUCCGUCUAGCGAGUUUUUUGUCUUGCGAGGCAUUCGUCUUGCGAGGUACCACUGUACUUGUCCUGGGAUUAUUGAGCCACAAUGUGGCAUCAUUCUGAUGCAGUGUAGGAAAAUUAAAGUGGUGGCUCAUAGUCACCUGCCAUUGCUUCCAAGUAAAUCCAUGUCCAGGGGCCACCUAGAGCACCUCCAAACCUGAAUCUGGCCCUAAAUACACAUUCAUAUACCAUGUCCAACACUUUGUCGAUUUCUAAAGUUCCUAAUAGCCCAGUCCCUAGGGCCAGAAGCAUCCUAUUAUACUUCCAGUGACUCCAAACAUUCUGCUACAAUUAUUCCCAUCUAGUCGCCUUUCAGUUAGUUGUUCCAUGUCCCACCUUCCUUCCUACUAUGAUCUUUAAUAAAGAGCCACCUCUGACAACAUGCUUUUAUAAUGAAAUGUAUUUGAAAAUUCAAGUACCUCACAGGAUUUUGUAAAAGAGAUUCUUAGAAAAUUAAGCCUGUCACUGAGAUGUUAAAGGUCCCAUAAAGGGGGCAAAUUGUUUAUAACAACAACAAACAUUCUCCUGCAAUAAUUUAUGCAAAUAUGCUGUUUUGGGAUGUUUCUGUUCUGGGUGUCUUGUGGGAGGGAAGGAUUUUUGGGGGGUAUUUUUCAAAUGUUAGUGCCAAAAUUUGGGCUUCAUUGCUGGUUUUUGACACUUUCAGCCCUCUAGCAGCAGAACCUGGAAUUAGGAUUUCACAUUAAAUGUGGCAUUGUUUGGAUUUUGCUUUCCAGAGGCGUUUUAGCUGUACUUAUGUAUAAGUGGUUUGGUAAUGGGUUUUCCUGUAACUUACAGGCACUCUUUCAUUUGAUUCAAUCUGAGUUGCAGAUUUCUGUUCUGUAUAAUAAAAUCCUUUUUUUUCUUAAAUUCAGUUUUUAAGUGCAGCUUUCUGACCUUUAAGCUUGACUUCUUAUACUUGUUUGCUAAAUGAGGGCCAUAAAGUAUGAUGACUGGGCACUGUAUUUUUGCAGAAACACAGUCUCCUUUGUGAACAUAUCAGUUCAUAAAGCACAUAUGGGCCUGCUUUCAGCUUCCUGUCUUUGGAAAGUUCAGCUUGUGGAACUUGUUAUAUCUUACACAUCAAAACAGGUUUUUCCCCCAGGGCAGCCUCUCAGUUUUGGCAUCAGAACUGCAAUAUGCUCCUUGUAUAUGCAAAUGGCUGACUUAUCAUAAUUGUUCCAUAAGCCACCCACCGACACAGGAGGUUGCAGGUUCAUGCUCUGACAUCUCCAGUUGAUGAAUCCAGGUACUAGGAUGGGGAAGACGCUUCCAUGAAAUGCCUUGGAGAUAUGCUACCAGUCUUCAUACGAUGUUCUAACUUAAUGACCAACAGUCUUGACUCCUAUGCGACAGCUCCACUAGUAAGCUGCCUUAUUGAAAGUCACCAGGCAUUUAAAUGUAUAAUUAAUCAUUUCCCUGCAAUGUAAUAACUUAUUGAUGCCUGUAUAGGAUUUUUAAUGUACUUUUCUUCUUGUAUGUUGCCCUGAACAAUGCAUUUUAUAGAAGGCAAUUGUUACAUCAAUAAAUAAGACCUUGAUUAAAUAUCAUGGUUCGGCCCCAG